AAAUAAUGAAGAUCGGUGAGUUGCUCUCAGACUUCCGUAAAAAAGUGAAGGAUACGAUAAUCUUUUACAAUGUCUUCUGUUGGUCUGCGAUUAUAGUCUCAGGUUUAGAAAUUGGGUACAGCUUUGUAGAUAAUGCAGUCGGGAAACUCUUAAUGGAUUACCUUGAAAAUCAGCGGGAUGAAAACAAUCUUUGGACUUCUGUGGUAAUGGUGAACGCAAAGGAAGGACUGGCGUCGGUUCUGAUGAUUUUUGUUGCUUACACAGCAGACGCCCACCUAGGACGUUUCAAAAUGGUCUCAUCAUGCACUGCUGCCUAUAUCGUCGUGUCAGCAUACAACGGGGUACCAACUGCACUAGCAAUAUGGCUAAUGAAAGAUCUAGAAGCCUCGUCCCAAUUUUUUGGCCGGAAAAGUUGUCACCAAGAAAAUCGUCGCCAAAAUUUUUUUCCCCUGGACUUUUUGACGGCUGGAAUUUUUGAGAGCCCUCCAUUUUUUUUGGGUAGAAAGUCUUAA